CAGUUCAUAUUUAGUUUUGACUGAGAGAAUUUUACUGUGAUACGUAUUUAGGUCAGCGUCCCUCAAAAACUGUACGAUUGUACUGUCCUUUCUUCCCCUGAGUGCCCGCUGUCCCAUCGGGAAAAAUGUCAAAGUCCAGCAAUACUUCUCCUCGCCAUGACUGUCUCGCUGUGGAUGAGUUUCUUCGUGGGAUGCGCGAUCUGCAGUCGACGGGAGCCCUGUGCGAUGUUAUGCUGCAGGGUGGCGAAGAAUCUUCCGUGGGCAUUCCUGCCAUCGCAAUGUCCUCAGCGUGCACAGCGCGUAUUUUCGGGCCGUCUUCACACAGGAGUGGAAGGAGUCAUCGCAGCCAGUAUUCCGGCUGCGCAACAUGGACAGUCGCACGUUGAACGAGCUGGUGGAGUACGCGUACACUCUGCAUCUUAGCCUCACCGCUGACAACGUGGCGUCCAUACUGAUUGCGGCGCAGUUCCUGCAGAUGGACCGCGUGGCCGGACUGUGCUGGGAGUACGUGCAGCAGCACCUGAACACAUCCAACUGCCUGGCCGUCCACGCUCUGGCCUCCACUCACCACCAUCCCCGUGUGGCCGCGGCCGCUCUGCGCUUGCUCCACAUGCACUUUCCGCAGUGGGCGCAGAGUCCUGAGUUUCUACAGGUGGACGCGCAACAGUUGACUGCCCUGAUCGCAUCGGAAGACGUGGAGGUCUUCAGUGAGGAUCAGGUGCUGGGGGCGGUGCUGCGUUGGUUGGAUCACGACCGUCCCGGCCGAUUGGUGCACGUGGCGUCGGUCUUGCAGAAUAUCCAUGCUCCCUUCCUGAGCGACCACUGCCGACAGGAGUACGCGGCGGCUCUUGCCAGUGCUUCGCCGUGCCAGUCCACAGUGGCCGCCAAAGAACUGCAUGCCGGGGAAGUGGCUAUCACCACGCCCCGCCAUUCAUACGGUGCGCAGGAAGUGAUCGUCUGCGUUGGCGGUGGCGAACCCCUCAUGUAUGAUGCUUGCGUUGAGGCGUUCAGCCCGUCGAUUCCAGCCGUCUGGCACCUGGCCGAACUACCCAUUCCCGCCGACUGCUACAAAAUAGCACUGCUGGACGCCAGCACCAUUGCGGUUUCUCACUUUGCUGGCAUGUAUACAGUACAGCGCGACAGCCGCUACACCGGUCUGCGUGGCGAGUGGCGCGAGAUGCCCCCGAUGCAAACACCGCGCCGGGACUUCGGCCUUGCCGCGCUGAAUGGUCGCAUUUACGCCGUAGGCGGCAUUGAGGUGGACAAACUCGGUACACUGGCGUCCGUAGAAGCGUACGAUCCCACCCAGGAAACGUGGAGCGCCGUCGCGCCGCUGCCCGUGGAACUGAGCGGCGUGAGGACCGUGGGGUGCGACGGUCGACUGUUCGUGUUCGGCGGGGACGGGAGGGAGGAGGAUGUGGGCCGCUGGGCCUUCUGCUACGAUCCCGCUGGCGAUACGUGGACCCGACUGCGCGACAUGCUGAUCCCUCGCGACUUUUGCAAGGCCAUCGUGGCUCCCAGUGGGCUGAUCUACGUUAUUGGUGGAGCGGAGGUCGGGGUACCGUCAAAGCGCGUUGAUGCCUAUGACCGCGUCAGCGAUCAGUGGGUGCGAAAAGCGGAUCUGAUCGUGGAGCGCGAUUCUCCCGGAUGCGCUUGUCUGGAUGGAAAACUGUACGUUCUUGGAGGGGAUGUUGACAGCAUCGAAGUGUACGACGAGGAGACGGACAGGUGGAGCCUGCUGGAGUGCCGACUACUGGACCCCCAGACAGACUUUGACUGUGUCGUGAUGAAGCUGAAGCGCGAGUGAAGUGCGAGCGAGAGCUGGAUCUUUCCGUUGACGGCCGUAUCGUGUUCGUUUUAUUGGUCAUAGGGUUAUCUGUACAGCGGGUUAUUAUGUUCUUAGGUUUCUAUCAAAGUUCUGUUUCUAUUACAUUUGAAAGGUAGCGAUCUGCGAUUUGUGGAUCUGCAAGGGCUCUACGUAGAGACCCUAUGGUCUGUUCUUUUACUGUAAGCGUGUAACACUGACGGCUACCAUCGAACUUGCCCGAACACGGGAA